AUGUCCAGAACGAAAUCGGACCGGAUGUCCCAGUCCCGACCCCACAACGAUCAGGUGCAUCGGGAGGAAGCGGAGGAGAAUGGCAACGAGGAGGAGGGAAUCGAGCGACAGAGGAGGGGUCGAGUGGAAUCAGAGGAUGUAGCCGCUGAGGAGGAUCACCAGGGGAACUUGCAGACGGGGUGGGCGGCACACCGGCAGGAAGCACAAGAGGUGCCCCAACCGCAGCCGCCUGCGGCGGGGGAGCCGGAGGGGGUGGCGCACGCGCUGCCGGGGGAGACUGAGCCACCGGUGGGGCGGGAGGAGGUGGAGGAGCCAAUGGCGUCGACGGCGCUAACUCAGCAGGCACGGACGAUAGCUGCUGGGACGACUGGAGAGAUGCUGACGGACAACGCCGCGGCGUCGGCACCAAGAGGCGGUGACUGCGCGUCAGACACAGGGGCCCGACAAUCUCUCGCUGGACAGCGGGAGGGUGUCGAGGCGGACGGCGACGUCGGAAGGAGCCGCCACGAGCCCGGAGAUGUGGAUGGGUCCGCCCGCGGGGAGAACGAUAGACUGGCUCGUGACGACGGGGGGAGGAGCCGGCCUCCUCGUGCGCGACCAGGGCAGCGGCGGCUCGGAGCAGGGCUGGCGCCAGCUCGCCCCGGGCCUGUGAGUGGCUGGGAGCAGCAGGAGAACCAACCGAGCGGUCCGGCCGAGAGGAGGAUCGACGCUUGCCAGUCAUCGCCACGGGGCCUGCAUGCACAGGGAGAACCGGAAAUUGGCGGGAACGGCAUGGGAGGCCAGAGGAGGAGAAUGGAGAACCAAUGA